UCGUGGGGCCGGGGCGGGCGGGCGGCGCGGACCCCCGCGGGCGGCAUGGCGGAGGCGGCGGCGGCGGCGGCGGUGCAGGUGGCCUUCCCGGAGGCGACGCGCGCCCUGCUGGAGGCGCUGAACCAGCAGCGGGUGGAGGGGCAGCUGUGCGACCUGGCCAUCCACGUGCAGGGCCGCGUCUUCCGCGCGCACCGGGCGGUGCUGGCCGCCUGCUCGCCCUACUUCCACGACCAGGUGCUGCUGAAGAACAUGAGCUCGGUGGAGCUGCCCAGCGUCAUGGACCCGGCCGCCUUCGAGCUGGUGCUGGGCUCGGCCUACACGGGGCGGCUGCGCAUGGCCCGCGACGACCUGGUCAACUUCCUGACGGUGGGCAGCGUCCUGCAGAUGUGGCACAUCGUGGACAAGUGCACGGAGCUGCUCAAGGAGCGCCAGCGCCGCCCCGACCUCGCCCAGGACGCCGCCGCCUCCUCCUCCUCCUCCGGCUGCUGCUCCGGAGGGCACGGCGGCGGCGGCGGCGGCGGCGGGGAGAGCCAGUCGCCCAGCAGCAGCAGCUACUUCAGCCCCCGCCGAGACGGCGCCGGGCCCCGCGUGGGAGGAAGCGGCGGCGAUCGGGACGAGGAGGGGCUCCGCCGGGCCGCCCCACGGCGCCUUCGCCCGCCCGACCCCUUCGCCCGCAGGGGCGCGCCCGAGCCGGACGACGACGCGGCCAGCGACGGCAGCGGGGAGCCCGGCAGCAGCGAGGCCCGCCGGCCGGCCUACGUGCGGCCCAGCAUCGUCCCGCAGCGGCAGUGGAUGCCGGUGAAGAAGGAGCGCGGCGGGCGGGGCGGCGCGGGGGAGGAGGAGGAGGAGGAGGAGGAGGAAGGCCUGGUGCUGACCUGCGAGGAGGACGAGGAGCCGGCCGAGCCCGCCGCCCUGAGCAUCAGCGACGUCCGGACGCUAAGCGAGGCGGCGCCGCCGGAGGAGCAGGUGAACUUCUGCGAGUCCUCCCAGGACGUGGCCUUCCCCGCGCCGCCCCCGCAGCCGCCGCCCCCGCGGGCCCUCCUGCCGCUGGACCUGCAGGGCAGCCCGCUGCUGCUCUUCCCGGCGGGGGCGGCGGGGCCGUCGGGGCCGCCGUCGGUGGAGCACGGGGCGGUGCAGCUGUCGGGGGGCUCCGGGGAGGGCAACAAGAUCUUCCUGUGCCACUGCGGGAAGGCCUUCUCCCACAAGAGCAUGCGCGACCGGCACGUCAACAUGCACCUCAACCUGCGGCCCUUCGACUGCCCCGUCUGCAACAAGAAGUUCAAGAUGAAGCACCACCUGACGGAGCACAUGAAGACCCACACGGGCCUCAAGCCCUACCAGUGCCACGUCUGCGCCAAGAAGUUCAUGUGGAGGGACAGCUUCAUGCGCCACAAGGGCCACUGCGAGAGGCGCCACCGCCUGGGCGGAGGGGGGGCCCCCUCGGGCGCACCCGCCAUGCCCGCCAAGAGGGAGGCGUCGCCGUCUCGCGUCCCCGGGGAGGCCGAGUGGGCUGCCGGAAGGUCCCCCCGCAGCGAACUGGGCUUUGCGGGCAGCAGCAAGAUGUGAGCUGUGGAACUGGCGCCCUCCCUGCGAGGAAGGCCGUUCUGGUGCUCGGAUGAGCCUCCUUCCUUCCCCUUUCACUGAGACUGCCGUGGGCUGCCCUUCCCUGGAUGGGGCCUGCCGCUUCUCCUCCGGGUCUCUUUUCUGCAGGGGGGGGGCUGCGAAGGGCUCCCAUCUCCCCUCUGAGGAAGCCCCCCCCCCGCUUUCGCCUGUCUUCCCAUCAUGCAAUGGGCCCAACCCUGGGAGGGGGUCUUUUGCAGCUCUUGCCUAAAAUCAUCUUUUGGGAGAAGAAGGUGAUGCUAAAUGCCCUCCUGGCCCAUUUGUAGUGGGGGGGGUUAUUUCUUGGAUGUAACAGCCGCCUACUCUUCCCCCCUCUGUGUGCGUGUCUGUCUCGGGGUGCAGACUUUUGGGGAAGAGCCCCUACUUUCCCCAUGAAGAGGUCUUGCGAGGGACAGUUCUGAGAUGGCUGGAUGCCCGACUGUAUGUCCAGAGAAGAUCACACCAGUCACUCUAGACACAUACGCACGCACACACCGAAAAAGCUGGACUCUGCUCUGGUCCCAGCCUGGAAGACAAGAAGCCCCCCCUUCCCCCACAGGUUUCCCCCCUCUCUUCUCCCCCCUCCCCUUGGUUCUUUCUGUCGAGAUGAUAAACGUCCUUCAAUUUGGUUUUGGCCUUUUCUGAAUGAAAGCCACAAAUUCUCUAUAAAUAUUUAUUGCUGUGUAAGCCCCCA